CUGCGAGCUCCCGAUCUGUGGUACUUCCGGCAUCGCGAACUGAAGUUUACCACCGAUCCGUUGGCUCCUUGGCAUUCCUUUUCCUCCAGCAGCGGCAAAGUCUCCAUCUUUUUGCCAGCCGACUUGAGGAAUGGGGUGCAUGACGCUGCUUGGAGUAGACGCAAGCUUUAUGGAAGAAUUCUAGUACUUCAUUCCCAACAAGCAAUCAGAUAAAAACGAAAGGAGCAACUUCAACAGAACCUGCGGCUCCAGUGAUUGGACCGACCGAUAUUUGCAAACUGCUGAAAUUGAAUCCAUGGGUAGAGGAAGAGGAAGAGGGAAGAAGCUAACCACUGUCAGGAGCCACGAAGAUAAAGGUAGCAGCGGCGAAGAAGUUGUGCCUGCAAAAAAGAGGAGGGGAAGGCCCCAAAAGCGCUUCGCCAGUAAGAUCGAUCAGGCAGUCGAUGUUGAAAAUUUUGUAGAAAAGGUGGACGGCGACCAAGAAGAAGCUGACGAUGGCAAGCUGAAGAACAGCGCCGCAGCUGGCGGUAACAAGAGAGGCAGGCCGUUGAAAGAGGGCUCCAAUAUUGUCGUAGAAGAUAACAACUCUAUUGUCCCAUCGAGCAGUGAUGAAUCAACAAGGACCAACGGGUUCAGGCAGAUCGGGAGCCGGCGGAAAAACAAGCCCCGGCGAGCAGCAGAGGCAGGACUAGAAUGCAAGUGAAGCAUCCCUGCGAGUUUCAGUGCAAGGCAGCAUCCAAUUUUUUUGCAAUAUCGUCAUGUCUAUUAGCUCCCAGUCCCAGUGCUGAAAAGCGAAAUGUAAACUAGCAUUGUCUGAUUGCAUGCCUCAGUUUUUUUCCCCCUUGGCCCCAAGUGUAUGAACUAAUGGUACACCUACUUGUUCAGCUGCUCUAGGCCUGAUUCUAUUUGGAGCUUGUUGUGGCAGAGAUUUCAUCUCAGUUUACAAAGGCUAGUGAUGCUAGAAGGUGUUCCUGCC